AUGCGUCGUAGUCGACCGCGUUUUCCGCCUUGGCGACAGAAUCGACCUCCAUAUCAACAAUCAUAUCGUUCUUCAUCUGCCUCUCAUUCACAACAGCAAUUUCAACAAGGGCAAUUACAUGAUGUUUUUGACUUUGUCAACUUACCCGAGGCAUUUCCUUCUAUAAAACAAGCCAUCGAAGAUCCAACAUUGACACCAAUUAUUAUGGAACGAAAUCAACAAGUCACCCCAGCACCUGCUGAUUUGUUUACAUUGAUGAAUUUCGCAUCACGUAUUCGACAAAAGAUUGAUACACUGGUUCUUGCACCAAGUUCAUUCACUGCUUGCCAAGUAAGUGAAGUUCGUGAAGUUGGUUCAUACAAGCAUAACACAAUUAUCAAGCCACCUGUCGGCUCACAAACUCCUCUAUCAUAUGAUUUAGUUGUUGUUUUGAAAACAUUACCCACAAGAGAAGCAAUAGAUCAAUUAGGUAAUCGCAUAAAACAAGAUCUUCUCAGUGAAAAUCAACCAAACGAAGCAGAAGUACUCUCGAUAUGCAACACAGAUUAUGGUCUUUCGAUUGAAAAUGGACAAAUGGCAGUACAUAUCCUAGUGACAACUAUACCAAUGAACUUGAAUUCUCUUGACCCAUCUAUCCAUUUGAGUCGACAAAUAUGCAAACAUUUACGACAACGAUUCAACGGUCUUGAACCGCUUAAUACCUGGCUAAUUAACUUACUUGCACAUCAUUGUGUAACAAAUAAUAAUAAUUCUCAUGAACAAUUACCACCAAGUUAUGCGUUAAAACGAGCAUUGCAGCUACUAUCAAGUGGACUAUUUUUACCUGGCUCUAGUGGCUUAUAUGAUCCGUUUAAUGAUUCACACGCUAAUUCUCGAUCUCAGCCAAUCAUGACGCUAGAAGAACAAGAUCGCUUGUGUUCAACAAGUCAGACAUUACUACGCGCACUUGCAAUACAUCCAAGAUAUGUUCUCGGCCUUGAAGAUGGACCUGAUAUCUUUGCUGGACCAUGUCAACUGAAUGGCGUCGCGUUCACACCUAACGAACCUGUUAUCAGUAAAGAUGAAUCCAACAGUCACAUGAGUAGUGACACUCAGCAACAAGCUAUUUACGUCGAAAUUCUGAUGAGUGAGAACGAGAAUGUCAUUUCUUUGUCUAUUGGGGAAUAUCGGUUUCAGCCAAUAGACAAGAAAUUCGAAAGCAUCGAUGGGAAACAGAAUCGAGAUCUUUUGAUAAAAUGGGGCAUGCGUGGCAAAAUUCGAGCGAACAUGUACAUAUUUGACCAACCAUUCCAAGAAUACAACAUUCGAAAAUUCAUCUUGGAUUUCUUCCAAGAUCCAAAUGUUCUCAGUACACUAAAAAUGUUUAGCAAAGCAGGUGAAUGGCAAAUACUCAAUCAAGCAGUUCAUGAUGUUCGAAUUGAACAAUUACAAACGAACGUCCUCUCUUUGGAGUUCUUCGAUCGAUUAUUUAAUAAUCAAAUCGUACGUCAACAGAGUGGACAUAUCAAGAAAUGUAUUGAAGAAUAUAAAGAUGAGUUUAUUGUUGAUGAUGAACUUCGAAAAGCUUUGGUUAUGGAUGAAUUUGAAACAUAUGAUAUAUUUUCUGAUAAUGAUCGUAAAGAAUUCAUAUUUCAUUUAUUCAAACAUUUUUGUCUUGGCGGGCAAGUUUGUCAAUACGAAGAUGAAGUUCAACCUUAUCUCGAUGUCACGAAAUCUGUUUACAAAGAUCUCAUUAGUGUUCAGAAGGAUGCUGAAACUCAAACAAUUCACGUUGUGUCACCUGUGUUUAAAAUCGAAGCAUUAAAUGACAAGGGAAAAAAGUUCUAUCCAUCACGUACAGCUUUCGAACAAGAUUUUGCUUAUAUGAUCAUUGAUCCAAUUAAGCGACAUGUUAUUAUUUUAUCGAAUUUCUACGAAGGACCGUCAUUUUUCGAAUAG